ACAUGGAUAAAAGUAAAAUGUAUGGAGAAAAAUGGAGGUUUAAUCCGGCGUUUAAACCGCCUGAAACGCCGUUAGAUUCCAUGGAGUUUUUGUCACGCACGUGGAGCGCUUCCGCAACUGAAGUUUCCAGAGCCGUCGUCGCGUCUCCGACUUCUCAACCGCCCCAAAUGCGUUUCUCCGAUAACCAAAGCGUUUCUGACGUCACGUUGGUACCGCAGCAAGAUGAUGACGAAAACUGCGUCGUUUCUGGGAACGCAUUCUCUUUCGCUUCCUCUGAGACCUCUUUAAUGGUCAUGGAACGUAUCAUGGCUCAGUCUCCGGAGAUUUCAUCGCCACGGACCUCAGGGAGACUUUCACAUAGCUCUUUCACCGACAGUCCUCCGAUCUCUCCCUCCGACAUUGACGACUUUAAGCAAUUCUACCGUGUAAGCCCAUCAUUUAAUGGGCACAUACGUGGUCCAUCCACCGGCUCUGGCGUCGCCGGAGGAUCCAAACCUGUUGGCCGGUGGCUGAAAGACCGGAGGGAAAAGAAAAGAGAGGAGACACGUGCACAAAAUGCACAGCUCCACGCUGCUGUAUCUGUAGCUGGCGUGGCCGCCGCAGUGGCUGCGAUCGCUGUAGCCACCGCCUCUCAGUCGAGUUCAGGAAACGACGAGCAAGUGGCCAAAACUGACUCGGCGGUGGCUUCGGCCGCGACUUUGGUGGCGGCUCAGUGUGUUGAAGCCGCAGAGAUUAUGGGAGCCGAUCGCGAGCACUUGGCCUCCGUUGUUAGUUCUGCGGUCAACGUUCGUUCCGCCGGAGACAUCAUGACGUUGACCGCCGCCGCAGCCACAGCGUUGAGAGGAGCUGCGACGUUGAAGGCGAGGGCAUUGAAGGAGGUAUGGAACAUUGCGGCGGUGAUUCCGGUGGAGAAGGGGAUACCAAAAGGCGGUGGUUACCGAGGCGAUUUAGCUCCGGAAGAUAAUUUCCUUGGAAUUUGUAGUAGAGAGUUGCUAGCUAAAGGUUGCGAAUUGCUUAAACGUACUCGCAAAGGCGAUCUUCAUUGGAAAGUUGUUUCUGUAUACAUAAAUAGAACAAAACAGGUAAUGUUGAAGAUGAAAAGCAAACAUGUUGCUGGGACCAUUACAAAGAAGAAAAAGAAUGUGGUGGUGGAACUGGUCAAGGGAGUACCGGCGUGGCCUGGCCGGGAAUUGCUGGAGGGCGGAGAGAAUUUAAGGUAUUUUGGGCUAAAGACUGUUGAGAAAAGGGUGAUUGAAUUCGAAUGCAAAAGCCAAAGGGAAUAUGAUCUUUGGACACAAGGUGUUUCGAUGCUUCUUUCUAUUGCUUCUGAUAGGAGACACAAAUGUUGAAUUAAGGUAUAAUCUUAGACUCUUGGGGGUAAAAUCGAAAUGAAUUCAAAACUGGUGGGGCAAAUUUGUAUUCUCUUUUUCUGGGGGUGGUUUUUUCUGUUCUAGCAUAGAACAGAGAAUGGGGGUAUAAAGUGUCUAAUUUAAAACAAGUAAGAUCUUGGUAGUAGAAGAAUAUGUAAAUUACAUAAUAUGUUCGUUUUGUAAGUUAUGGUAAGGUCUAGAUUGAUGUUUUUGUUUCUUUUGUGGUGAUUAUAGUAUAGAAAGAAAACUGCGUGGA